AUGCGAAAGCGAGUGAUCGGGUGGUGGCCGAACAAUGAACGGAUGUGCAGGUUGAGGAUCCGCGGAAGGUUCUUCAAUCUGAGCAUUAUCAAUGUGCACAGUCCGGACCUUGGAAGCACCGAUGACGAUAAAGACAGAUUUUAUACGCAGUUGGAGAGGGAGUACGACCGCUGCCCACAACACGACGUCAAGAUUGUCAUCGGAGAUUUGAACGCUCAGGUCGGACGGGAGGAGGUAUUUAAAUCCACGAUAGGAAGUUUCAGUGCCCACCAGCUGACGAACCACAACGGGUUUUGGCUCGUGAACUUCGCCUUCUCCAAGCACAUGGCCAUUCGCAGCACCUACUUCCAGCACGCACCUCGUUUCAGUUACACCUGUAGAUCACCACAGCAGACAUAUUCCCAGAUUGACCACGUUCUUAUCGAUGGAAAGCACUUCUCGGAUAUUAUUGACGUAAGGACUUAUAGAGGAGCAAACGUCGACUUAGAUCAUUUCCUGGUUAUAGUUCAGUUGCGCCAAAAACUUUGCGUCGCCAAUAAGCUGCGCUUUCAGCCUACCCCAAGGCUCAACAUAGAUCGGCUGAGGCAAGCUGAUGUGGCAAGGGACUUCGCAAACGCGCUUGGAGAAGCGCUGCCGGAGGACUCCAUCACCGAGGCGAUGUCCCUCAAUGACCAUCGGCGUAUGGUGGAGCAAGCUAUCAGCAACACAGCCAAGCGAACAAUUGGCCGCGUAACACUUAAUAUAAAUCUCCUUUCAAAUGUCGUUUCAGAUGUAUGUUCAUUUCAACCGGAUUUUGCUGAACCCAUUCUAAACAACUCCAUCGCAAUAGGAAGAGAUGCCACUUUCACCUGUCAUGUUCGACACUUAGGUGGUUACCGGGUUGGUUGGUUGAAAGCAGACACUAAAGCUAUUCAGGCAAUACACGAACACGUCAUUACGCACAACUCGAGGGUUACGGUUUCACACGCUGACCAAAAUACUUGGAACCUGCACAUCAAAUCAGUUACCGAAGAGGAUCGAGGGGGAUACAUGUGCCAACUAAAUACAGAUCCAAUGAAGAGUCAGAUUGGAUAUCUAGAUGUAGUUAUUCCACCAGACUUCAUCUCAGAAGAUACCUCAUCAGAUGUUAUUGUUCCAGAAGGAAGUUCAGUGAAACUCACAUGCAGAGCAAAAGGUUAUCCGGAACCGAUUGUCACCUGGCGGCGUGAAGAUGGUACUGACAUCAUUCUCAAAGAUGCUACCGGUUCUAAGCAACUUGUUACAUCAUACCGAGGAGAAGUCUUGAAGCUAACAAAAAUUUCACGAAGUGAGAUGGGCUCAUAUCUAUGUAUAGCAUCAAAUGGUGUGCCUCCUUCAGUAUCGAAACGAAUAUCGUUAAGUAUACACUUUCACCCGGUAAUACAAGUUCCAAAUCAACUAGUUGGAGCACCACUUGGAACGGACGUGACAAUUGAGUGCCAAAUUGAAGCAUCGCCGAAGUCAAUCAACUACUGGGUGAAGGACACUGGAGAAAUGAUAGUAACAUCACCUAAGUAUCAAGUACAAGACGCAACGAAAUCACUGUACGAAGCAAAGAUGUCUCUAACAGUGCGCUCAUUUCAAAAAGAAGACGUUGGCUCCUACCGGUGCAUUGCUAAAAAUUCACUAGGAGAAGUAGAUAGCAGCAUUCGGCUGUAUGAAAUACCUGGACGAAGUCGAAAAAUAUACACACCCAAGGUCAACCAAAAUGAAGUGAUCAAGGAUAGCAACAAGCAGGGUAAGGUGAAAGUAUCGUUUCCCUCAGAUGACGAAGAACAUCAAUAUGGUUCUGCUGAGGAUGUAGAUGAUCUAUUGGAAACGGCAGUUGGUGGCAACGCAAACCAAAACCAACAAGGAAGGAUAGGAUCCAUUAAAAAUGUUGGUACGUCACGAAGUCCUCAUGAUCACCCAAACAGCGUCAACGGAUUCAGCGUCAAUGGAGGAUCCACGGGAUUAAAUGUACACGGGAACAAGCAUAUUCCUUCUUUAGACAUCGUGACACGGAAACCAUUCGCGAUUCCAACGGUGCGUACUGGGGUAGAUGGGCCAGACGGUAAUCACGGACCUUCCUACAGCAAUUCCAACGCUGCCAAGCUGAACAUCUCACUCGUUUAUUAUAUGUUUAUAACACUUCUAACGCUCCAUCUGAGUACGCUUCCGCUACAUUAACGUCUAAAGAAUGCUAUGUA